AUGUUGAUUAUUUUAUUUUUGUUGCAUUUUGUUGCCAUUUUUGAGGCCUGUAUUCCGACACAGCAAGGUUGGUUUUUAGGGCUGAAAUUCUGGAUGAAGCUGUAAAUCAGGCUUGAAUUAUAUACAAAGCUGGGCUUCUUCCCGCCUGGAGAUUGGCCUGAAAAUCGAUAGUUUUGUUUUUCUAGUUGUCACAUCAACAAUCUGUCCGGUUUGCGGCACAAUUUAUCAGCGGAACUGUGUGAAUAGUUUCGGAUUGGCUUGCCAGUCGGCUUCGGCUAUUAACGCGAUUCCGACGUUGAGUGGAACUACAUGCAGGUGAGUUGGCCAGCGGCAAUUUGCGGUGUCUGUGCGGAAGCUUGCGGUUUAAACUCGCCUUCCUAUAAUUCUAUUUUCAGUCUCACAGCCUCAUGCCCCACAACAAAUGCAUUUUAUUACCUGACCGAUGGAAGUGAAGAAUAUAGUCACGGUGAUGUUAAAGCUCAUUGCGAUGAGAGCGACGGAAUUUGGUAUUUUGAAUCGGUUGGAUAUACUCCAGUUAUACCAAUCUCUAAUUUUAUUUGUCUAGUCUAG